AUGUUCAAGAACAUGAGCAAGCUUUGCAUAGCACUGGCUAUCAGUGCCAGUGCUUGUGCAGCGGUUACCGGUUCCAAGCCCCUUGUCGCCUCUGCCGGUGAUAUUGCUACUAUCCCGGGCUGGUACCUUCAAUCAACGACCAAAGUAUCAGAUGGAAUGGAUGUACUCUCCAAACCAGGAAAAGAUGUCUCAUCAUGGUAUCGGGUUGGUGCUCGCGGCACUGUCAUGGCUGGGCUUCUUGAGAAUGGGGUAUACAACGAGACGGACUUGUUUUACUCGGAUAAUAUGGAAUCUAUCGAGGAUCCCUCCACGUUCGAAAAACCCUGGUUUUAUCGAGAAGAGUUUACAUUGAAUCCAUCUACCGGCCAAUAUUUUACCCUUAAGACACACGGAAUCACAUCCAAGGCAGAUAUCUAUCUGAAUGGAGUGCUCAUUGCAUCGAGCGACCAGCAGCAAGGCUCCUAUGGCGGCCAUCAGUACGACUUGACCAAAUAUGUUAAGGAAGGAGACAACUGUCUUCUCAUUCGUGCGUUCCCAACUAACUAUCUACGCGAUCUUGCCAUGGGCUUUGUGGACUGGAAUCCCUACCCAGCCGACAAUGGCACCGGCGUUUGGCGAAAUGUGGAGAUUUCUCAGACUGGAGCGGUCUCGAUGUCGCCGUUCCGCGUUCUCACCGAUUUUACCCAAUCCGACUCUAAGCCGGUGAAGGUCACCUUCCGAACUGAUUUGACCAAUCAUGAAUCGACUGCUCAACAAGUAAUAGUCGGAGGAACCGUCAAAGGGCCAGAUGGCUCCACAAGUGUGCAAAUUAGCGGCACCUUUGACUUGAAGGCAAACGAGAAAAAAACGGUGUCUAUAGCCGCCACAAUCGCGAACCCGGAUAUUUGGUGGCCUGCUACUUGGGGUCAGCAGCCUUUAUACACAGUAAAAGCGGACGCCACAAUCCAGAAACCUCAGAAGUUGCUGUCAGAUAGUUCAAUUAGCCAACAAUUUGGAAUUCGCCAUGUAUCAUCGAAGUUGAACAAGUUCAAUGAUACCGCAUUCUUCGUCAAUGGCGAGCCCUUCCAGGUCAUCGGAGCUGGAUAUGGGCCGGAUAUCUUUAUGCGAUUCGAUAUUGACAGGGUGCAGAAGAUUUUCGCCUACAUGCUGGACAUGGGACUCAAUACCGUGCGCUUGGAGGGAAAGCAGGAGCACCCAGAACUUUAUGAGCUCGCAGAUAAAAUGGGGAUGAUGGUCCUAGCAGGAUGGGAAUGUUGUGACAAAUGGGAAGGGUGGACUUACAAUGACGAUGCCAACGGUGUGAAAUGGGGAAAAGCAGACUACCCGGUUGCAAACGCAUCAAUGCUGCACGAGGCAGAGAUGAUGCAAAGCCAUGCUUCGAUGCUUGGAUUCUUGGUUGGUUCUGACUACUGGCCAAAUGAUCAGGCUACCGAGAUCUAUCUCGAUGCCUUCAAAGCUAUGGAUUGGCCCAACCCAAUUAUUGCAUCAGCCAGCAAGCGUGGUUAUCCUGACGCUCUUGGACCAUCCGGAAUGAAGAUGGACGGCCCGUACGAAUGGGUACCCCCGAACUACUGGUAUGGUAAAAAAGAAGGAGCGGCAUUUGGGUUUGGAUCUGAAUUGGGUGCCGGAGUUGGAACACCUGAGAUGAGCAGCAUGAAAAAGUUCAUGUCUGAUGCCGAUCUGGAAUCACUCUGGAAAGAGCCAGAUGCAACCCAAUAUCAUAUGUCCCGCUACGAUUCGCAGUUUUAUGAUCGCUCAAUCUACAACAAGGCUCUCAUUGCCCGAUACGGAAAGCCAUCCAGCCUGGAAGACUACGUCAUCAAAAGUCAGAUGGCAGAUUACGAAGCCACCCGAUCUCAGUUUGAAGGUUACUCGACGCAGCAAAAUGCCACUCGACCUGCCACGGGACUUAUUUACUGGAUGUUGAAUAGUGCCUGGCCAAAUCUGCAUUGGCAGUUGUUUGAUUACUAUCUCAACCCAAUUGGAGCCUACUUCGGCACCAAGGUCGGAGCGCGUGAGGAACAUGUAGCUUAUGAUUAUGAUAACCAGAAGAUUUGGUUGAUUAACCACUCGCUUGAAAAGACCGGAAAUCGGCAGAUCAAAGUUGAUCUAAUUGAUUCAACUGGCAAAGCACUAUCCGCGGCUACAGUGGAGAGCAAGACAACGCCCCAUUCCUCAAAGGUGGUGGCUUCGCUUCAAGGAAUUAAAAAGAUCACAGACGUUGGCUUCCUCCGUCUCACACUCAGUGAUACCGAAUCCAAAACUGUCCUCAGUCGCAAUGUUUACUGGCUCUCUCCCACCAACGACGUCUUGGACUGGUCAAAUUCUGAUUGGUACAUCACACCAGUUACCAAAUUUGCCAAGUAUACCAAGCUGCAGACAUUGGCAGCGGCUACAUUGAAGGCUACACUACAGAGCCUGGAGCUGAAUUCUGCAACAGAUGACGGGUUGACUCAUGCUGAGGUUGUGCUCGAAAAUCAAUCCACAGGACCAGCAGUUUUCAUUCGUCUGAAUGCUAUCAAUACAGUCAACAACACAGAGAUUGCACCGGUUUAUUGGUCUGACAAUUAUGUGACUCUUUGGCCGAAAGAGCAGUUGCGGCUGACUUUUGCAUUCGAAGGAGAUAUCCAGCAUACUCAGAUCGAAGUCACAGGAAGGAAUGUGAAGAAAGUGACCCUCAAGGUUUAG